GACCAGUCCGCAAAACCACUGGCCAUCCACGCAACCGUACGCCCGUCACGUUGCGCACAUGGAUCGGGUCGAGGUGACCACGCCACACCCUGCAGUCAGACCGAGGCUCGUAGUGGCUGCGCCGGAGGAGCGUCUUGUGUAACAAGCUGUAUCAACCAGCACCGUGCCUUGUUGAAAUGUCCAAUUCGCAGAGGAGGCGGUACAUGGAGCGGCCUCUCAACAACACUGAGGCCGAGAACUAGCUGAGAGUCGGACACCGUUCGUUAACGACAGUGUUUACAUGUUUUUGUUUUUACCGUAGCUGUAGCCACCACUCGGAGGAAUGAGGGGUGUACGCCGUGCUCUUAACAUGGGACUGUUUUUGCACGCCGUUGGCUCUGUCACCCCCACCGAGUCAGCCGAAGACCGGAGCCUGCUGAACUGUGAAGGCGUCAACAACCAGAGCUACAUCUGUGAGUCUGGGCACUGCUGCGGGGAGUCUCAGUGCUGCAGCUACUACUAUGAGCUCUGGUGGUUUUGGUUGGUGUGGGCGAUCAUCUUCAUUUUGAGCUGCUGCUGCGUGUGCCACCACCGCCGCACCAAACAUCGGCUGCAGCAGCAGCAGCGGCAGCAUGAGAUCAACCUCAUAGCGUACCGCGAGGCACACAACUUCCCCUCUGUGCCCUUCUACUUCAGGUUUCUGCCAAACUACCUCCUGCCCGACUAUGAAGAGGUGGUCAACCGACCCCCAACUCCUCCCCCUCCCUAUAGUGCCUUACACACAGGCCCCACCACAGUGGUUUGUAGUCCACUGGCCGCCGAGCAGCAGGAGAGACACUGUCCAACCAUCCAGCCCACUCCAGUGCCCCCGGUCUCUGAAAACCUUUGUUGCAGACCUAGCAUAGAAGAGCCACAGCCACUCACUUUAGACUUGAGGCCAAAGCCUGACAGUAAGCCUGUGCAGAUGGCACAAGAUGCAGGCAUGAUACUGUCAGAUGGGGUCAAUAGGGAGGGACUCUCCAGCCAGGAGAAAAGAAGCGAAAGUGAGGAAGAAUCUUGCAAGGACCCCCUGUUGAAGGAGCUGCCGGAGGGUUGCACUGAGGACAAAGAUCGAGUUCCCAGUGGAAGGAGGAGGCGAAUCACAGGGGACUCUGGGAUUGAGGUGUGUGUAUGCGGCACACGUGGCAGCAGCAGUUGUAGCGGAGUAGUGGGGACAGGACAGGAAGGCAAAGAGCUGAGGGAGCUAGAGAGCCUGCUGGGACGUGAGGGAGAUUACGAAGAGGAGGGGGAGGAGGCUGGCGACUUCUGCGACAGCUGCGGUCAUCGAGCCUCCUUCAGUGUGGAGGAGGAGCCGGCGCUUGGUGGGCCGGAGAGGCGGCCCGCACGUGGGCCGUCCGGGUCUCCUCAGCCGGCUCACCAGAUCAGCAGUGGCUCACUCCACCCUCCUGUGUGCCUCCUCCUUCACACCAUCAAUGAGCAGGAGGGGCCACACCACAGCACCAGCACUGAGCCGCAGGGCUGAAACACACUUCUGACAAACCUUUGUCACCAACGGAAGGAGAGAGCACUUAGGACAGGAUGUGGAGACAUGCUUUUGUGUCCGAGCAAGUGUUUUAUGUCUAAAUGCUUUCUAAAUGAGUAUUUUUAUGAACGUGUGCAUCUUAGAUAACACAUAUGUGGGGGCAGGAAGUGGGGUCCACCAAAGUGAUUGAGAUCCAAAGGUUGGGAAAGCUGGCUCCUCCCCACACUGGAACUGUGGCCUUAACCUGUGUAUGUUGGGUUAUACUUGGGCAGUAAAAGCCUAGGAAUCUGUGGCAACUUCUCAUACUGUACAAACACACAGUCGUCACACAGACAGUCAGAGACUUGAAAGCUGAAGCUGUGAUGUCAGAACAGGAUGUUGGCUGCCAAGGAUGAAUGCAGCUCUCCCUAUCUGGGUGUUUGUUAACACAUCUGCAAAGCCGUUCCUUGCGUAAUAAGAGAUAACACAAGUGGAAUUACCGCAGUGUGUGUGUGUGUGUGUGUGUGUUUUUGAUGAGAGCUGAUGCUGAACAAGACUGUGUGUCCUGUUAGAUUCAUGCUUCUCAAGUGCUUUUAUAGUGACUUAAAAACCGCUCUGCCUUGUUGUUCAUGGUCUUUAUCUGCCCUGCUAAUGAUAAGAGAAGUGCAUUAACACAUCUUCAUGUGAGCAGUUCCUAUUUUGCACAAAAUGUGUUUAUCCUUACAAAUUAAGCCUUUAGUUAGAGAAAAUCAGAACAUGUUUUUCCAUUACUCCAAUCUUAAAGGACCUAUUUGAAAAUGUUGCUAUGGCUACAUAGCCAACAUUAGCAUGUACUUGGGCUGUCACAUUUUCCAAAAAUCACGUUCAAACGAGUACUGAAGAUACUCAAGUAGUUCCCAGCUCCGGUGCCGUAGUUAUUUAUUAUUACAUUCACUUCACUAAAAGCUAAAAAACUAGGUGAUGAACCUGAAAUACUGCCACAUGUCAUUUUCACAGCAAGCUUGAGAAGUGAACUCAUUCACUGUCUAAAUUUCUGAUGGAUUCUAAGAGCAUGCAGGCCAAGCUGAGCUCACGGCACCCUCUGCUGGACUACAUGGUAAUUACAUUAGAUGGUGUGAUGGGUACCGUGUUUUUAGGUUCUAGGUUUAAGGUUUGACAACCCCCCAAAUAAAAAGUGACAGCUCUAGCUAUGUGCUUACCUCGAGGGAUGGUUGCAAAUACAUCUUUAGACUUAAUUUUACUCUCUGAAAGCGUUCUCCAACAGUGGAAAAUCAAAGCCAAGUCUAACUCUUGAUAUGCUCCUGUUUCUAUCGCUGCUCACGUCCUCAUUGCCUUCUGAUGGUGAGUCACCAUUGCAUCUGUUUUUCCCAGAGGAAGUAGCUGCUUAGAGGCCAUAUUAUAGCUUCUUGUCUUGUAAAUAAAACAAUAACUAAAAUUCUCACCAAGCGAUAAUCACCACCUCCCUCUCACGGCAAGGAAACUUACAUAUAAGAUAGAUUUCAUUACACGAUUCAUUUCUUAGGGUUUUUGUCACGACAUCUGUCAGAAUUUGGCGCCUGUGAUUUGUUAGUGGGGAGUGCAACACAUUUAUGGACUUAAUGUAAUGAAUGUGUGUCUGUGUGUGUAGUAUGUGCCUACUCCAAAAAGUGUAGAAUGUUGAACACUGAUAAGCCUCAGUGAAACUGAGGGAUUGUCAGAGAUCAGGUACUAAAAACCAAGAAAGGAAUGUCAAGUGUUAAGAGUAAAAAAAACUGAGAUGGACAACUUCAGACCUCAAAACUUAUUGUUGACAGUUACUUCAAUGGAUCACCAGCGACUAUAGGAUUCACCAUCUUUGUUUUCAUAUCAGCACAUUUUCAGCCAUCCUUCAGAAUCCAUAUUCACUGAUUAAAUGCUCCCGAAAGGGUCCACUAAAGAAAAACAAAAUCAGUUAACUGAAAGGAAAGGAAACUAUUACUUCAUUGUGUUAAUUUAAAUUAAGCAUUUACCCCCACAGGGCAAUUUUAAAACAAAUGAUUUAACUACUAGAGCAUAAUGAAAGGGAAGUUGUCCUUUGUCAUGUUUAUCUCCUGGGUAAAAGUACAACAGUAUUUAUUCAGAGAUGCAUUUUCUUUGCGAUUGACGCAAAAAGCAAUAUGUUUGAUUUUGCAGAUUUAAAAACAAACUUUGACAUUAACUCGUCAAAUCAGACAUCCUUAUCCAGACCUUGCAGGAGCUGUAAUACAAUAGAUGUUAGAUGAUGUACAAAAAAAAGAUUACCUAAGAUGUUUUCACAUGUUGAUUCUAGUUUUUAAGAUUCUAUUUAUUUGUCCACUCUGAAAUCAACUGGACCUCCCGAUUCUACAUGCUGCAGUGUGUGGGCAUUUUUUUUUUUUACAGAUUAUCCUUUUUUUAAUUAAAAAAAAAAAUGUACUCAUUGCAAUGUUAGAAAGCACAACAGUCAUUUAUUGCCGUCACACGAUAAAUACCGUAAAAACAAAUAAGAGAAUGUGUCUCUCAGAAAUGUCUAGCACAAGAUAAAACUGUUACCUGACCUUUGUGUUUUAAUAGUAAGACGACUGAAUUUUACUCAUCGAAGCCUCAACACUCUCUAAAAUGCUUUGUAUGUUGAUGCUUUAUUGUGGAAACUAGACGAUGCAGUUGUUGUACAUGUAGUACAAAGAAGAACCAAUUUUUAAAAAACUGCUGAAUCCUUAAAAUGAGUUAAACUGUGUGAAGCGUAAAAAAACCACUUUAUAUUUGCAAAUUAAUUACAAUGUUCUGUUUUAAUGAAAUCAGUAGCUUUGUUGUUUUAGACAGAUUUUCUUUUGUCAUUAUUAAUAUUGUUAUUAUUAUUGUUAUGUUGAGAAAAAAUGUAACUUCUUUUCCUACAGACGUGUAAAGGGUACAUUUUGACUAACAACACACUAGUUACUUUGUUAACAAGAUCAGGGGCAUUUUGCCAAAGACACUUUUUCUUUCUUUCUUUCUUUCUUUAUUUCUUUCUUCACCGGCGUGUGUAAAGGGGUUUUGCACAUAUUCUUUGAAUGUUCUGAUCAUAAGCCAUUUAUUAUAAAUACCAAGGUGGACGUAUGUUGAAUAAACAUACUCUCUGAAAUUCAAA